GUUCUUGAUUUCCUGAUUUUUAUAGUUAAUGCAAUCUCACUGAACGAACCCUAGAAUUCAUCAAUCUGUAUUGACGAAGACCGCCAAUUGAGAAUUCAGCUGCUGUUGCCGACGAUCAUCGCCAUUGUUCUCCCGACGGUUUUCUGUUCGCGCACAAAUUUCGUCAAUUGAGGUGCGAAUGGGCAAAGGAGAGCUUAUUUCAUUACCAAUUUGCGAUUGUCUCUGGAUUUUGUUGUGAAAUUUGGCUGAUUUUUGUUGCGUUUCCCCCAAUUCCAAUUUGGCGUUCUGUGUUUCCUUCCCCUAAUUCAGAUUUUGAGCGACACAACGAUCCAAUUCCGAAAAACUGAAGGUGCUUGAUUCAUAACAUCUUACUACUUUUUUAUAUUCCGAAAUUUUCUUCAAAUACUCUUCUGAUUUCUGAUGUAUUCAAUUUUUUGCUGCAUCUCAGUACCUACACGCAUUCUGUUAUGUUCAUUAUUGAUUUUCGACAUGAUCAGUUUUCAAUUGUUGAAUGUGCACUCACUGACCAUCGAUUGAUGAAAUGAGGACGAAGAAAACACCAAAAAGUGAUUCCAAGGCGCCGAAAUCAAGAGAAAAGAAAGUUUAUCCGUUGCCUGGUCAGAAGCACGAUGUGCCUGAAGAGAGGGAGCCAUUGAGGAUAUUCUAUGGAUCGCUGUCGCAGCAGAUACCUUCCAGUGAAAUGGCUGAAUUUUGGUUGAUGGAACAUGGGCUUUUGCCUAUGGGGAGAGCAAAGAAAGCGUUUGAGAAGAAACAACAAAAGCAAAAGCAACUUCGGGCAAAUUUGUCCUUAUGUGCAACAAAGAGUGAAUUCAAAGAACCAACUAAUCUAAAAAAUGCCCGGGAAAAAGCACAAAAGAGCUCCUCAAGUGAUGAUAGCGACAAAAGUGACAACAAUGAUGAAGAAGAGGAGGAGGAUGAUGACCACGAAAAUGAUGAUGAAGUACUUUGUCAAAAGAGGAGGAAAACGAGUAGUUAAGAACCAAAGCUUCAUUUCGAAACAAAAAUGAAUAAGGGAUCCCUCUAAGGGGUAAUCAAAUUAGUGUAGAAAUCAACUUAUAAUCGUAAAAUUUUGAUCGAAAAUUUAACUAAUGUGCACUAAAAAUAAAAGGAAUUAUUUAAGAGUAUCUAAAGAUUUAUUAUAUCAAAAUACUAAUCAUUUAAAUCUUAGUAAGUACCAAAAGCAAAUA